GAGAAUCAAUAUAAAUUAUCUGAGUUCUCUUCAACAGUUUCUCCAACAUCCAUCCAUCCAUCCAUCCAUCCAUCAAUAAAUUUCAGAUUUUUGUUUUUGUGAAUUUACCAACUUUUGAGUCUUUUUAAAAAAACUUUGGAUAUGGCGUCAAGUCAGUGGACAAGGUCAGAGGAUAAGAUGUUUGAGCAAGCGUUGGUUCUUUUCCCUGAAGGAUCUCCAAAUCGGUGGGAGAGAAUCGCUGAUCAGCUCCAGAAAUCUCCUGGUGAAGUUAGAGAGCAUUACGAGGCGUUGGUGCACGAUGUCUUGGAGAUUGAUUCUGGUCGAGUCGAUGUCCCUGAUUACUUGGAUGACUCUGCGGCGGGUUGGGACUCAGCUGGUCAGAUCUCGUUUGGGUCUAAACACGGCGAGACCGAGCGGAAACGUGGAACUCCUUGGUCGGAAAACGAACACAAAUUGUUUCUGAUUGGAUUGAAGAGAUAUGGUAAAGGAGAUUGGAGGAGCAUAUCUAGGAACGUGGUUGUCACUAGGACACCUACGCAAGUUGCGAGUCAUGCUCAGAAGUAUUUUCUUAGACAGAACUCGGUGAAGAAGGAGAGGAAAAGGUCGAGCAUACACGACAUAACUACGGUGGAUACUAACUUAGCUAUGCCUGGUUCGAACAUGGACUGGACUGGCCAGCAGGAGAGCUCUGUUCAUGCUACUCAGCAUCAGCAGCAGCAGAGCAUGUCGGAGUAUGGUCAGGAAUUGACUCCGGGUGGUGGUCAUUACGAGGAGUUUGGUGGUUAUCGGAUGUGAAGAAAGGGGAGGAAGUUUGUAAUGGUUUUAGUUUGUUAUAGUAGGGUUUUUUUUUACAGAUUUUAUGUGAAUAGGAAAAGCAAUAGCAUUGGGUUAUUUUCUUAUACUGAUGAAUGAUGAAAGCAUAAUAAAAAUAGUGUAUAGAUGAAAUGAAAGCUUUUUGUAACUCAGAGAUAUGUUUGGUACGUUUUGGUAUUUUGAAUC